GACGAGCUUUGUGUUGUGUCGUUUGCCAUGGCAGCUGCCAUCUUCGCUGCUUCUUCUUCUUCUUCUUCCUCUUAUUCCCUUUUACUCGCAUCUCCAACGAACUCCAAGAGUCUUUCUAGGAGCAGAUUCAUAGUUAAAAAAUCAACGGGCAGUGUCCGCUUGAUCAGAAACAGAAGAUCAUCAACUAGGAGAAUUGCAGCCAUCAACGACAUUGCGGCUGCGGCGGAUUCAGGCCAAGUUGGAGUGACCUGGCAAAUCGUUGUUGGAGUUAUAGCUGGAGUAACACCUUUCGUGGUAGCCGGGAUUGAGUUCAGCAAAAGAAUAAUAGCUCAGAGAAGAUGCGAGGUAUGUGGUGGGUCAGGGCUUGUUCUUAGAGAAAAUGACUAUUUUCGAUGCCCUGGUUGCGGAGGAUUUCUACCAUGGCAGUCGUGGAAAAGAUUCUUCUCUGGUUAAUUUGAAAGAGCUCAUGGAAAAUUGUCGAGAAUUUCUAAGUUGAUGUCCUGUCCCUUGGUGAAAGAAUUUUGAAAUGAAGAAAGCAAUGCAAUUACUUGUAUAAGUAUUCCCUCCCCUUCCCCACGACCCCCCUUCUUUUUUUUAUUCUUAUUUCGUUUACUUUUCUUGUUUUGUUCCUUGAAUUGGCUAUAAAAAUUCAAUGGAUUAUCUACAUAUUGAAAAUCUAAAUAA